AUGAAGCCAUCGCAGGACGCAUGUGCCGCGGCCGCGCGAAGCAUCACGGAAGCAGAAGUGUUCAUUUUCCGCCUCCCGGAUCAAUGGCUGACUGCUUGGGCGGUUGUUGGGCUUGGGCUUGACAUCAAUGGCGCCGGGUGGUCCGCCGACAGCGGCCUGGCGGUCUAUGCGGACGUGGCCAAGGACAUUUGUCAGCCACAUUGGCUCUUCAAAGAGCCGCAGCUCUUCUGGGGAUUCUGGGGACAAUGUUACAACGACUACCGCCUCACGGAUCCGCACGAAGGCUAUGAGAUGGUGCACCACUGGGUGGGGAAGCUCUUCCGACACACGAAGGUCGCCAAGGAGCUCCAGCAGCGGUGUCCCUACGAAGUGAAAGGACGUGCAGGUGCCUUUCACGUCUUCACGUCCAAUGUGGAUGCGCACCACUAUGAUUGGUUCCCCGCCUGUGAGAUCCGCGAGUGCCAUGGCAAUACUGAGAUUUACCAAUGUCCGGGCAUUUGGCGCGCUCCCUUGGAGUAUCGUUUCCAUGUGGACAAAGAGACCAUGCUUGCUCCAAAGGAAGCGCCCGAGGAGGCCUUCGAAGUUGAGACGAACCAUUGGGCGCCACCCCAAGGGGAUGAGGACCCCAUGUCGACCGUGCCCCGUGUGGGUCGAGUCACAGGAUCUGCGCGGCGCCACACGCUGCGCUUCAUGCGAAGCGGCGCGGUGGUGGCCGAGAGCCCCGCGAGCGCCGCCAAGCGCGGCUUCGCCGCCAACCACCCGGUUUGCCCAGAAUGUGGUGGCCCUGCACGACCGGCUAUCUUGAUGUUUGGUGAUUAUUCUUGGCGAGACAAUGAUGCUCAGGAGGACCGCUGGGAGACCUGGCUGGAUCAGGUCAACGACUUGGCCACGGAGCGGACCGCUGACUUCAACCCACUGCGUGUGGCUUUGCUGGAGGUGGGCGCAGGCAACAAUGUCACCACCGUCCGCAGCCGCAGCGAGCACAUUUUGAGGGACCUGGUGGAGAAAGGCGCUGAAGCCAAGCUGCUGCGCGUGAAUCCUGACUUUCCGCUUGUGGGAAAUCGGGAUCUGGAGCCACACACCAUCAGCUUGAUGGGUCGGGGUUUGGAAUCCUUGCGCCUCAUCAAUGCCUUCAUGGGCACCAACUCCUUUGGCCUCACCGAGUGCCCACCACCUCCGCCGGACAUGCCGCCGCCGCCGCCGGACGCGCCGCCGCCCAACCCGGGCGCGUGA